AUGGGUGAAAGCAGAGAAGACGACAAUGUCCCGCCGCGCAGCCCGCCUUCUACGCUGGAACACCGCGAGAGCAAGGUGCGUCGCGUCGGCAGCCGUGAGAAUUCACCAGAGCGCGGUAUGGACAAUGGUCACGUCGGCGCGGACGUUUCAGACGCUCCUGCGUCGCGUACAACCGGCCGCCUGGGUGGAAUAUACAUUCCCCCUUUUAAGCUGGUUGCUCUGCAGCGGGAGGUCGCUGCCGACGGGUCAGUUGCAUACCAGCGCCAAGAAUGGGAGAAGCUAAAGAAGAAGAUCAAUGCCGUAGUGAAUAAGCUCACCUGUACCAACGUGUCGGAUCUCGUUGUUGAGUUGUUGGAGUGCAAUCUCAUUCGUGGUCGCGGACUGCUGGCUCGCAGCUGGAUCCGCGCACAGAUGGCAUCGCCAGGUUUCACGGACAUAUAUGUCUCCUUCCUGUCUGUGCUGAACUCGAAGUUUCCGGAGAUAGGCAACUUGGUUUUGCGCCGCAUAAUCCUGCAAUUCCGCAGGGCAUUCCGUAAGAACGACCGCAUCCUGUGCCAGACUGUGGCCAAGUCUCUGGCGCACCUGGUGAACUACAGGGUGGCUCAUGAAGUUUUGGCGCUGCAGUUUUUGGCCAUUCUGUUGGAGAAUCCCACGGAUGAUUCCGUGGAUGUCGCAGCGGGUUUUUUGGAGGACGUCGGCAAUUUUCUGGUUGAUGAAGCUAAACAGGCUCUUGAGGCGAUAUUCGACCGUUUCAAGCAGAUAUUAAGUUCAGGCAAAAUCGACAAAAAGACCCAGUAUACUAUCGAGGCGCUGUGGAAGUCCUUCCGCAAUAAGUUCGCCGACAAGCCUGCCGUGAGACCUGAACUUGAUCUGGUUGAACUCGAGGACCAGAUUACGCACGACCUCGACUUUUUAGACGAAACCAUAACGUCGGACGAGAUGCUUAACGUGUUCCAGCCUGUAGAACCGCAAGUAUACACGGAAGAGCAAGAGAAGUGGGAACGCAUCCGCAACCAGUUGAUGGGUGUUGACGAGUCGGAUGCCGGCGGCGCAGAGAGCGACUCUAGCGUCGAUUCCGAAGCGGAAGAUAAUGAUGAUGGAUCAGUCGCAGGUGACGAUAAUGCGACUGGUGGCGCGACUACGGUCAUUCGGGAUUCCACCGGCCAAGACUUGGUGAAUCUGCGCAAGACCGUGUACCUAUGCAUAAUGUCGUCCCUCAACUACGAGGAGUGCGUUCACAAGUUGCUGAAGCUGAACGUUCGUGAGGGAAGCGAAAUAGAGAUUUGCACGAUGCUUAUUGACUGCUGCGCGAUGGAGCGCACGUUUCAGUCGUUUUACGCACUGCAGGCGGAACGUUUGUGCAAGUUGCGCAUAGUCUACGCGCAGAACUUUCAGGAAUGCUUUGCGAAGCAGUACCAGCUGAUACACCGCCUGGAAACCGCGAAGUUGCGCAACGUCGCCAAGUUCUUCGCCCACCUCCUUGCCACUGACGCCAUAAGUUGGUCGGUGCUCUCUAUCAUAGUUUUGACCGAAUCUGGCACCACGUCAAGUGGGCGCAUUUUCGUGAAAAUAAUGUUGCAGGAACUCUGCCACACGUUGGGAAUACGGAGCCUUGGCGAGAAGCUGCACAACGCCGAUAUUGCGCCUCACCUGACAGGGAUUUUCCCGCGUGACAACCCUGCGAACAUUCGCUUCGCCAUCAACUUCCUGACGGCAAUUGGUUUGGAGGCUCUGACUGGCGAGUUGCGCAAGCGCCUCAGGUAG